UUUUCCCUUCUCACUUUCAGUCCUCUCCCUCCUCUUUGUAUUAAAACCAAAACCCACAAUAAGUUUGGGCUGAGACUUAGCUCCUCCUUUUCCCCCACACAACUCUCUCCACCGUUCUUAGUCAUUAGAUCUUAAGCUUCCACACCUAUGUAACACCAUUUCUCCCAACAUUUCAUCAUCAAUCUUUGGCCUCUCGCUCCAGAUAUUAAGUAGUCUAGAAGCUCUCAAAUGCGCUCUUGAAUCCAAAUAAUCAUCUGGGUCGUUUCCGAAUGCCUGAAUCCUUAAUAGGGACUUAUGGGGAAAGGGGUUGAUAAGAAGAGUAGAGCUGCUAAGGAGAAGCGAGCUACAGUCCUAUCUCCUAAAAACGUUCCUCAACAAUCUAAUCAUGUUGAGAGUUCUAAUGUUGGUGUUACAGUGGUGAAAGAGAGAAAACCUUGUGUCCAUCUUGACAAGGGUGUUGAUUUGGAUAAAUUUUCUGCUAAAUUUCAGUCUUCAAAUCCUAUAAGGUGUGAGGAUUGUCGAGAAGGUGCAAAUGAUAGAAGAGGGAGGAAGGGAAAGAGUAAGAAUGCGAAGAAGAAGGGGGGUGGUUCAGCAGAUUCAAAAUCUGGCUCAAAAGCCAUUUGGGUUUGUUUAGAUUGUGGGCAUUAUGCUUGUGGAGGGGUUGGACUUCCUACAACCCCUCAAAGCCAUGCAAUUCGGCAUGCUAGACAAGCUCGACAUUCUUUGGUGAUCCAAUGGGAAAACCCUCAUCUCCGGUGGUGCUUUCCAUGCAACACACUCAUUCCAGUUGAGAAAACAGAGGAAAAUGGUGAAAAUAAAGAUGUAUUAUCAGAGGUUGUAAAAUUAUUUAAGGGUAAAUCAACAGAAGGUUCAUCAGUGGAUGUUGAGGAUGUUUGGUUUGGUAGUGGCAGUGGCAGUGUUACCAGUGAAAUCAAAUCUGAAAGCAUUAUACCAGUUGGGGGUUGUUUAGAUGGAAAGGCUGGCUACGUGGUAAGAGGUUUGACUAACCUUGGGAAUACUUGCUUCUUUAAUUCAGUCAUGCAGAAUCUUCUAGCCAUGGGUAGAUUGCGAGAUUACUUCCUGAAUAUGGAUGUAUCUUUUGGCCCUCUUACUAUUGCUUUGAAGAAACUUUUCACUGAAACAAAAUCAGAGGCAGGGUUGAGAAAUGUUAUAAAUCCAAGAUCUUUUUUUGGAUGUGUCUGUUCUAAGGCUCCCCAGUUUAGGGGAUAUCAGCAACAUGAUAGUCAUGAAUUUCUUCGUUUCUUACUUGAUGGACUGUGUACUGAGGAGUUGGUUGUCAGAAAAAAAGUUAAUGCUUUUGAGGAAAAUGAGAAUUCUUCAAAUCCAGGUCCUACUUUUGUGGAUUCUGUAUUUGGGGGACUGAUUUCUAGUACUGUUUGUUGUGUGGAAUGUGGACAUUCCUCAACGGUUUAUGAGCCAUUUUUAGAUCUCUCUCUUCCAGUUCCAACCAAGAAACCUUCGCCUAAAAAAGCCCAACCCUCUCGAGCCAAGAAAACAAAACCACCACCAAAGAAAAGUGGAAAGGUUCAAGGUAAAGCUAACAAAGAUACUGAUAUUGUAACAGUGCAAAAUUCUCCAAGUCCAGCUGCCAUCAGUGAGUCUUCGUGUGUGAUGAAGUCUACUGCAUCUUCCACUGGAAAAGUGGGAAGUUCUUCAGAUGGUUCUUCAUUAUUAGAUUCUGUUGGCUCAUCAACUAUUGCCGCUGAAAGCAGUUCUUCUCAGAAAUUUUCAGCUGUUGCACAGCCUGAGGAUGAACAAGUUUUGGAUCAUUCAAUGAACCAAACAGUGGCUUCAUUGGAUGAUUUUACGUGGUUGGAUUAUGUGGAACUAGAAUCUAUGUCAGAUAGGCAUGAUUUGAAUUUGCGAAGUAAUGAUUUAUUUGUUCAAGAUUCUGGAGAUAAGGAUGACGUUUCAGGUGAUAUCUUAUUGGAGAGUAGUCAGACUUCUUCACUCCAUGAAGAGACAAAUUCGAAACAGGAUUCUUCUUCUGUGAAUCCUUGGGAGGAUGAGCAACCAUUGCAUGCUCAAGAUUCAGAAGUUAUCUUACUUCCAUACAAUGAAGAAAGUCCCACUACUGGGGAGAUUAUGAGUGGAGAUGCUGAGGCCUCCUCAUCAGUCAUUGGCUGUGGACAAGAGGAAUUGGAAUUUGAUGGCUUUGGUGGGCUAUUUGACGAACCUGAAAUUGCUGCUGGGCCAGUCGCUGGGCCCUGUUUCGGUAGUGAUAAGGUGGAGAGUGGUUUUGUACUAGGAAGUAGCAGCGGAUCUGAUCCAGAAGAGGUUGAUAAUUCAAAUUCUCCAGUGUCUGUAGAGAUUUGUUUGGCCCAUUUUAUAAAGCCAGAGCUUCUCACUGAUGAUAAUGCUUGGGAAUGUGAGAGCUGUUCAAGGAAUGUGCAACACCAGAAGUCGGAAACUUUGAAGAAGCAGGCAAAACUUGCUUCACAAGUUUUGAUAAAUGGAGGUGAGACUAGAAAGCAAAAUGAUCAAAAGACUAUGAAAGAUGCAUCCUGUACUUCUGAAGUUAAAACUCUUAGUAAUGGACACAUCAAAACUGAUAUUGAUCUGGACACUUCUGGUGAGAGCUUGGCUUUACAUAAGGCGAAAAUUGAUUGCUUAAAUCAAACUUGUGUGAAAUUUGAAAAUGGUCAGACAUGUGAGAUUAAUCCAGUUAUUUCUCAAGGGGAAGAAGGAACAAUAGAGACGAAUGAUGCAGUUCCUGUGCAAGAAAGUCAACAAAACAUUGCUCAUCAAGUUGAAGAUUCUCAUAGUUUUGAUGAGUCUGAUAGUUCUCUGUGUGCUCCUGCUGAUGCUCUGUCAACUGAGGUGAUAAAUUCCCUAAAAGUAAUGGUGAAGCGGGAUGCAACCAAAAGGGUCCUUAUUAACAAGGCCCCACCUAUUUUGACUGUUCAUCUGAAGAGGUUCAACCAAGAUGCUCGUGGUCGUUUGAGUAAAUUGAAUGGCCAUGUAAAUUUCAGUGAAAUGAUUAAUCUUAGACAAUAUAUGGAUCCCAGGUGCACAGAUAAAGAGAAGUACAAUUAUCGUCUAGUUGGAGUAGUUGAGCAUUUAGGAGGCAUGAGAGGGGGUCACUAUGUAGCCUAUGUGAGAGGUGCAAAACUUGAAGGAAAGACACAGAAAGAAAAUGAAGGUUGCCUGUGGUAUCAUGCCAGUGAUGUGUAUGUGCGUGAAUCUUCCCUUGAAGAAGUCCUUGGCUGUGAGGCAUACAUUCUAUUCUAUGAACAAGUUUGAAAUAAUUUCUUGGUCAUAUACAUUCUAUUAUGUGAUCUUCCCACCAAAGGGAAGAGAGGCAGAAAAACUAAAAACCAGAGGUGAGUGUACAACUAUAACCAUACCAAUUUUUUUGACAUGUAUCGAGUUUCAAGAUGUAUAUCUUAAAACCAUAUUAUACACAAAAAUUUGUGAUUUUUUUGGCUCCA